CCCUCUCAAGCUCACCUGUCACACAGGUAAGAGUCAAGGAUUGUUCAAGGAAGUUCUUUUAUUGGUGGUCGAAAAAUAUAUUUAUAUAUUAAUAAAAAAAAUAAUUAAAUUAUAUAAAGUCUGUGGCUCUCCCGCAGCGAGAAAUGGCCGAUUCCCAGCUGCAAUGCGUGGAAGACGAACACGUCAACGAGAAAAUCUCCGAGUCCAACCCGGAGUUUUAUUACAGCGAGGAGCAGCGCAGCGCCGUGGACCAGCUGCUGCAAAACGGAGACGGCGCUUUUCGCCUCGCCGCAAAAACGGGCAAAAUCCGGGAGUUUCUGUCGGCCAAGGAGAGGAAGAAACUUCGCAAAAGCUGGAAGCGACGCGACGCGCAGGACGAGGAAACGCGAGUGGAGCGUGGGACGGCUGCCGGUACCGACACCGAGGUCCAGUCCACGUACUGGCCGCAGCUGUCCGACACCGAGGUCCCGCCGCUGGAUAUCGGCUGGCCGGACGCGGGGGGUUACAAAGGGGUGACCCGGGUGACGAUCCACACUCACCCCCCAAAAGACAAUGGCCCGCAUAUCAGAGAGGUAGCGCGGAGAAUGAUCCAGGAGGCUAAAAAGGUCGUCGCCGUGGUAAUGGAUCAGUUCUCAGACCUGCUCUUGUUCCAGGACCUGCUGGAGGCUGCUUACAAGAAGAAGGUCUCUGUCUACCUUGUUCUGGACAGUGGCGGGCUGCCCCUCUUCAUUGAGAUGUGCCGGAGACUGGAAAUCACAGAGCCGCAGAUUCGGAACAUGCGUGUCCGGUCAGUAGCUGGCACUGGGUUGUCCCUGGCGAUGGGGAAGCUGCCAGGAACUCUGUCCAGUAAAUACAUGCUGGUGGACGGAGAAAAAGUUCUGUCGGGAUCCUACAGUUUCACCUGGACCGCCUCCCGCCUCGACCGGAACCUCAUCUCCGUAAUGACCGGGCACAUCGUCGACGUCUUUGACCGCGAUUUCCGAGAGCUGUACGCCGUCUCGGACGCGGUGAGCCUUCACCGAGAACUGGGGCUCCCGUUACCCCCAAACCCGACCAAACCGCCACCCACGAUCCAGACCAAGCCCACGGUGACGUCUCGCUUCGAAACCAACGACGGGGCUCCCGCCUCGAACCUCCGACCGCCUGCCCACAAAUACCACAACCCCAAAUAUUCCUUGGUGUUCGGAGACGCUUUAGGGCUGUCCAGUUCGAAGCAGGACCUGACCAGCGCCUCUCCGGGCAUCAUGAGACGCUUUUUGCUCAGCGACGCUGCCUCUAGCGUCGUCGCAGCCAACGGGGACAAACAGGAAGCGCCCGCAGCCCCACUUCCUGUUACCCAGAAUGCCGAGGGGACGGGCGGCAGUGGCCCGAAGGCCAACGGAGGGCUGUCCAAGAAGCUGCGCAGCACUUUCAGGGGGAAGAACGCAAAGCCGAAUUCUCCCGCGUCUCCCCAACUCCAACCCCCUCUGGGACCGGAUCGCUUGAACCGCAGCGACCAGAGCUUUGAGUUUGUGGAGAAGGAGAGCCUGGAGGACGGGCUGGGGAAGCUGAUGAGGAAUGAGAAGCGGAAGUCCAAGCUCAGCAAGCUGAGUUUCUCUCUCCCCACUGUACAGACCCUGGAGGGAGACGGUAGUUCGAGCCCCACUUUAAGCAACGGGAAAGAUAGCAGGAGGACGUCAAAAAAGGGAUGCAUAACUUCCUAAAGAGGAGAGAGGGGGAGGGGGGGAGGUGACUGACAGACAGACAGGCAGACAGACAGCCUCUCAUUCCUGCCUUUCCCCUGCCUCUGCAGGGCUGGGUUUCAAUCUGGGGGGCUAGGGGGCUCAGACAGACAGACAGACAGACAGACAGACUGACAGACAAUGCACAAUAUUAGUGGAACCCCACGAGAAAUGAAAAGGCCACACGAGGGACAGUUUACUGAAAGUGUGU